CCACACUCUCCUCUCCCUCAUAUUCGUCUUCCACAUCUCUCUCUAACAAAACUCUGUCCCUCUCUCUAAAGAAGAAACCCUCUGUCCCAUCUUUAUAGAUUCAAAGCUCAAAAACACAGAGGAAAACAGAAAAGGAAGGGGCAAUAAUUCUGAUUUGGUCAAAUUGCAGGUGUUGGGCUAUUGCACAUUUUUGCCCAGGAACCGCUGUGUUGUUUCAGUUAAAGAAUCCAGUGUUCUAAAGAUAGACUUCUAUACUUCUGCACCAUUGGUAUGUUAUGCUUAUUUUCUGGUGAAAAGAAGCCAUCUAUCGUGCCUUGGGACAUUACUUGGAGAUAUAGUUUAAUUUGUAUGCAUUUACAUAUGAUAUGGGUUCUCGAGGACGACCAUUCUUGGAUCUUAAUGAGCCCCCUGCGGAAGAGGAUGAGGAGAGCGACAGCGUCUCAUGUGUUCAGCCCAAGAAAACUCUCCCUUCGUUAAAUUCACACCCAUCUAAUUUGUUCGUAUCGUCCGAAGGUAGUCAAAGAUUACCUAAUAAUAACCAUGCUUUCUCACAUGAACCUUCAGUUUCAGUUUUCCAGCCCUUCGUUAGGCCAAAAGAUGUACAUAAUUACGAAGACCAAGGGAAACAAAUGAAAGAGGAUCAUUUGGGUUCCAAGGUUGCCUCAUCCUCUAAGGUGGAAGGAUGUGACGAGGAAAGUAAGGAGAAACCACUGCUUGUUCCAGCUAGCACACCCACUGAUGCUCAAUCUGUUGAAAGGGAGAGCAAAGAGAAAUCACUACUUGUUCCAGCUAGCACUCCCACCGAUGCUCAAUCUGUUGAAAGGGAGGAAGGUGAAUGGUCUGAUGUAGAGGGUUCUGCUGAUGCAUUCGGUAGCAGUGCAAGUAGCCCUACAAAUGAUAGAUCAAGUACUAUUAGUGGCGAGACUUCGCAGAAACAAGGACUUACUGGGGGAACAGAUCUUUCUAGCUCGGAUAAGGUUGCUGAGAGUUCCUCACAGGAUGGCAUGCAUGCUGUGGUUGCAAAAACUGAAGUGCCUGAUGCUGCCAAAGAGGUGAUAGGACGAUCAGAGUCAGAGCUAUCUGAUAGGGCACACGCUGCCAGUAGAAAUUCAGAUGGCAAUAAGAAAGUGGAUAUGCCUGGGGAUGGACCUGAUGAGCCGUCAAUCACAGUGAAACAAAAAGAGGUUAAGGGAGUUGAAGCAAGUCAUGCACUGAAGUGUGCAAAUAAUCCUGGCAAGAGACAGAGGCUUGAUCAACAGACGGAAGCAAGGCUUGGGAAAAAGCGUGCCAGACAGACUAUGUUUCUUAAUUUUGAUGAUGUCAAGCAAGCUGGCCCUCCAAAAACUUCGACACCUAGAAGGCAAACAUUUUCUUCAGCUCCAGCGACUCGCCAAGUAAAGGAGAGACACAGUAUACCUGCUGAGCGCAGUGAAAAACAGAGUCAACCUGCAUUGAAGGAUCAGAAGCAAGCAGAUACAUCUAACAAUGAAGCAACCAUUCCCAUGGAUACUGACCCUAAAUCUGAAUCGAACGGGGAAAUGAACUCAGGUCUUCAACCUCGAUCAAAAAGGUUAAACAGUGGAAAUGAAUUAGCUGGAGAUGGAUAUCUACCUCCUGUUUCGAGGCAGGGUCCCUGGAAGCAGUCCACUGAUGUGAGGCAAUACAGGAACCCACCAAUGUUAACCAGGAAACCACCUGUUGUUAAUCAGAUCCCUCCAGAUACAAAAUUGGUCAACAAAAAGCUUCCUCUGGUGAAGAAGCAAGUUGCAAAUAAUGCAUACUACUCAGAUACAUCCGUUGAACGUCUUUUACGUGAAGUCACCAAUGACAAAUUUUGGCAUCACCCAGAGGAGACAGAGCUUCAAUGUGUUCCUGGACAGUUUGAAUCUGUAGAGGAAUACAUCAGAGUAUUUGAGCCUUUACUUUUCGAGGAAUGCCGAGCCCAGCUGUACAGCACUUGGGAGGAGUCUACUGAAACAAUAUCGAGAGAUGUACACAUAAUGGUCAAAAUUAAAACCGUUGAAAGACGAGAAAGAGGAUGGUAUGAUGCAGUAGUUAUUCCAGCAAAUGAGUGCAAAUGGACAUUUAAGGAGGGUGAUGUUGCAGUUCUUUCAUGCCCAAGGCCUGGAACAGCAGUCAGGCCUAAAAGGAAUAAUGCUGGUGAAGAUGAUCCGGAGGCUGAGAUCAGCGGGCGUGUGGCUGGAACAGUCAGGCGACACAUACCUAUUGAUACCCGUGACCCUCUUGGGGCCAUCCUUCACUUUUAUGUCGGGGAUACCUACGACCCUAAUAGCAAGGGAGACGAAGAUCAUGUUUUGAAGAAAUUUCAACCUAACGGUAUCUGGUAUCUUACUGUGCUUGGUACUCUUGCAACUUCGCAGCGUGAAUAUGUUGCACUUCAUGCAUUUCGUCGUCUCAAUCCUCAGAUGCAAGCUGCUAUUCUUAAGCCUAGUCCAGAACAGUUCCCAAAGUAUGAGCAGCCACCUCCUGCCAUGCCUGAAUGCUUCACCCAGAAUUUUGUUGAUCACCUGCAUAGGUCCUUCAAUGGACCCCAAUUAGGUGCCAUCCAAUGGGCCGCAAUGCACACAGCUGCUGGUACAAGUAGCGGGUCAGCCAAGAGACAAGAUCCAUGGCCCUUUACCCUUGUCCAAGGGCCACCAGGGACGGGUAAGACACACACAGUCUGGGGAAUGCUAAAUGUCAUACAUCUUGUCCAGUAUCAGCAUUAUUACACUGCGCUACUUAAGAAGCUUGCUCCUGAGAGCUAUAAGCAAAAUACUGAAAGCAGUUCUGAGAAUGUCAGCAUAGGAUCCAUAGAUGAAGUUCUCCAAAGUAUGGAUCAGAACCUAUUUCGCACAUUGCCGAAACUGUGCCCUAAGCCUAGAAUGCUUGUCUGCGCUCCUUCAAAUGCGGCAACAGAUGAAUUGCUAUCGCGUGUUCUUGAUCGUGGGUUUAUUGAUGGUGAAAUGAAGGUUUAUAGGCCUGAUGUUGCUCGAGUGGGUGUCGACACCCAAACACGAGCUGCUCAGGCAGUUUCUGUUGAGCGAAGGACUGAACAGCUACUGGCGAAAGGACGCGAAGAAGUCAUUAGUUGGAUGCACCAGUUGAAAGCUCGGGAAGCUCAACUUUCACAGCAGAUAGCUAUUCUUCAAAGAGAACUCAGUGUUGCAGCUGUAGCUGGUCGUUCUCAAGGAUCUGUAGGUGUUGAUCCGGAUGUCCUAGUUGCACGAGACCAUAAUCGCGACCAAUUGUUACAAAACCUUGCAGCUGUUGUGGAAGGACGGGACAAAGUUCUGGUGGAGAUGUCCCGCCUUCACAUUGUAGAAGGGAAGUUUCGUCCUGGUAGCAACUAUAAUCUCGAGGAAGCUCGUGCAAUGCUGGAAGCUAGCUUUGCAAAUGAGGCUGAGAUUGUUUUCACAACAGUCUCUAGUAGUGGUCGUAAGAUAUUCUCGCGUCUAGAGCAUGGUUUUGACAUGUUGGUUAUUGAUGAGGCAGCUCAGGCUAGUGAAGUAGCCAUUCUUCCUCCCCUUGCUCUUAGUGCUGCUCGCUGUGUUCUUGUUGGGGACCCGCAGCAACUUCCUGCUACAGUUAUCAGCAAGGCGGCAGGGACCUUGUUAUACAGUCGAAGUCUAUUUGAAAGGUUCCAGCAAGCAGGCUGCCCUACGAUGCUAUUGUCUGUUCAAUACAGGAUGCAUCCCCAAAUCAGGGAUUUUCCUUCAAGACAUUUUUAUCAAGGACGUCUUACUGACAGCGAGAGUGUUGGCAAUCUACCUGAUGAAGUUUAUUACAAGGACCCGUUACUGAGACCUUAUGUGUUCUACGACAUAACACAUGGACGAGAGUCUCACAGAGGUGGAUCUGUCUCAUACCAGAACAUUCAUGAAGCACAAUUUGUUCUCCGCUUAUAUGAGCAUCUACAUAGGACGUUAAAAUCUUUAGGUGCGAAGAAGGUCAGUGUUGGUAUCAUUACCCCUUACAAGCUUCAGUUAAAAUGCCUUCAACGUGAGUUUGAAGAGGUUUUGAAUUCAGAAGAAGGGAAGGAUCUAUACAUCAAUACUGUGGACGCGUUUCAAGGCCAGGAACGUGACGUGAUUAUCAUGUCGUGUGUUCGUGCCUCAACUCAUGGUGUGGGCUUUGUUGCUGAUAUUCGAAGAAUGAAUGUUGCGCUUACUCGUGCAAGGAGAGCACUUUGGGUUAUGGGGAAUGCAAAUGCGCUGAUGCAAUGUGAUGACUGGGCUGCAUUGAUCACGGAUGCGAAGGGAAGGAACUGUUAUCUGGACAUGGAAUCUCUUCCCAAGGAUUUCCUGGCUCCGAAGGGUCCCAUUCCUACUCCACAUCCUGGCAAGUCAUUUGGUAACACAAGGGGGUUAAGGACAGGCAGUUACGGUGGCCCUAGGAAUAGGCAUUUUGACCUGCAUUCAGAGUCCAAGUCUGGAACUCCAUCAGAAGAGGAUGAGUCGCAUACACUGUCAAUCUCCAGAAACGGAAGUUACAGGAACUUAAAGGUGCCAAAUGAUAAUCUGGUGGAUGAUUCGGAACCAGUAGGUGCUCGAAAUGCCUGGCAAUAUGGCAUCCAAAAGAAGCAAAAUUCUGCUGGUUUAUUGGGCAGGAGAGAUCCAUAACUUUGUUGGAGCUGUGGUGAUUUCCCACAAGAUUUAUCUGCUACCUUGGAGGUGGUUCAAUUGACCGAGAACACCAUCAUUAAUGUUUAUACUUAUACAACACUGGGAAGAAGGCGGGCACCAUUUUGUCCUUGUAAGGGGCACAGUAUAAUGUCAUUUGAACUAGAACAGUGAAGUAGUUUUUGAAAGAAGGAUUCAUGUUCAUUUGAAAUGAAAUUGCAGCUGGGUGACUAUGAUGAAGCGUGUGCCACCACAUCGAAAAUGCUUAGCAUGGAUUGUGUGUUUAUCAAAGUUGAAUCUGAAGAUAUAUCCGGAAUUUACUAUUGGGAAGAUGUGAGAAUGUCCUAAACACUGUUGCAAGGAGACGUCCGAGUGGAAUCAAUUUGUUGGCGGUCUCUCAGGAGGAUGAGUGAGAAGAUCAGAAGCAAUCUGGUUUGUUCUUGUGGAAUAGGACUCUGAAGAUCUGGAUUGGUUUGAAUUGCUCUCUCAUGGAUCAUGGUAAUGCCUAGGUUCUUAAGUGCUGACAUGUUCCUUCCAUUGUUCGGGCUCCCGCUCUUUCCUUGGACUGGCGGUGAACAUUGGGGGCAAUCGUUUCUAUGUCAGGACUUUGAUGUGUAGGGCUUCAUCUGCACCUCAAGGGAACUCGACUUAAAAUUUAUGCGGAUAGGCUACCUGAAUGACGUAAAGAUGGGCAACAUGUACCGUUAGUAUGCAAAUUGCAAAUGAAGCUAUUUUGGACUGCAGAAGUAUUUGUGCAGGGUGACUAAGCCCAAAUCUGUGAACUGCCCUCUUCUCAAUGACUAAAUAAUUGUCCUCUGAAACAUUACUAGCACAUACAGUGGUGUUCUGGACUCCUUUUUUUGUUGGAUGGUUUUCAAGGACGGUUGUUCAGAAGAGAUCUUUGCUUGAGAAGGAGAAGGAACACCAGUUCUUUUUGUUGUUGAAGGGUUUCUUGUGCAACAGUUCAAAGUUCAGACUGCUUUUUCUAGGAUAGUGUAAAACUCUUGAGCAGGUCUGGCAACACAGUUGGACCGUUGAGUUUAGAGUAAAGCAUGGGUCAUGCAACUUCCUCAGAGUUAUCUACGGCAAAACUCCCUCAAAGGCUCUUAACUUGGUUUUUUUUACACAUAUAUAAGUCUCAAUUGUAUAUAUACACGGGCUGUAUGUUCUUUAUUCAAUUUGCCAAAUGGAAAAUUUUGUUUCUCCUGUAAAUUUAAGGUAAUAUUACCUCUUAGUUAUUCAGUUGGGCAAAUGCCGAAAGUGUUUUUGGUUUGGGUA